CCACUGCCUCCCUUCCCUUCCUCCAUCCUGUCCUCCGCGCUCUCUUCUCUUCCUUCCUCCCGUCACCCAUGUCAACCGUUUAUCCUUCACGCGAGACGCCUCCGCCCGACGUCGCCCCCUUCACCCCGCCGUUAACUCCGCCCCAGUCAAAAGCCGCCGCUCUCGGGGCUGACGCCCCCGCAGACAUGAACGUCCCGGACAACUACGUCGACUACACCCUCAAGACCACCAAGGCCCUCCCGCCCGUAACAUGGGAGAACUGGUGGAAGGAGCUCAACUACAUCAGCUUGGCCGUCCUUACCGUCACGCCCCUCAUCGCGGUCUACGGCGCGUUCACGACAAAGCUGAGGUGGGAGACGGCGGCGUUUGCGGUUUUCUAUUAUUUCGUCACCGGGCUCGGCAUCACUGCGGGCUACCAUCGUUUCUGGGCGCAUCGGUCAUACAACGCGUCCAAGCCUUUGCAGUACUUCCUUGCCGCCGCAGGUGCUGGCGCCGUGGAGGGCUCCAUCAAGUGGUGGUCCCGGGGCCACCGCGCCCACCAUCGGUACACCGACACCGAACUUGAUCCUUACAACGCCCAUAAGGGUCUCUGGUGGUCGCAUGUCGGCUGGAUGAUUGUCAAGCCGCGCCGCAAGCCUGGUGUCGCAGACGUCAGUGAUCUCAGCAAGAGCGACAUUGUCAGGUGGCAGCACCGCUGGUACAUCUGGCUCAUCUUCGGCAUGGGCUUCGGCGUCCCCACUCUCAUUCCUGGGCUUCUGUGGGGUGACUGGCGCGGUGGUUAUGUCUAUGCUGGCGCAGCGCGCUUGUGCUUCGUCCACCACAGCACGUUCUGUGUCAACUCGCUUGCUCAUUACCUUGGCGAGGCGCCGUUUGAUGACAAGCACACUCCGCGCGACCAUCUCGUCACUGCGCUUGUGACCAUCGGCGAGGGUUACCACAACUUCCACCACCAGUUCCCUAUGGAUUACCGGAAUGCCAUCAAGUGGUAUCAGUAUGACCCUACGAAAUGGUUCAUCGCGCUUUGCGGCAUGCUCGGUCUUGCCUCGCAUCUCAAGACGUUCCCUGACAACGAGGUCAAGAAAGGCCAGCUCACCAUGCAGCUCAAGCGCCUGCGUGAUACACAGGAUGGUUUAGAAUGGCCGCAGGAGACCCAAGAGCUUCCCAUUAUCUCUUGGCAGAGCUUCCAGGAGCAGUCCGAGAAACGUCCAUUAGUCCUGAUCUCGGGCUUCAUUCACGAUGUUGCUUCAUUCAUCGAUGAACAUCCUGGAGGUCGUCAUCUCCUCGUGAAGAACAUUGGCAAGGACGCGACGACGGCGUUCUUUGGCGGUGUUUACGACCACUCGAAUGCUGCGCACAACCUUCUUUCUAUGAUGCGCGUUGGCAUCUUGCACGGCGGUCAACCCCACGGGCUGGAAGAGAAAUCCGUUCCGCCGUCACAACGGCUGCGGGUCGCCCGUCACAACGAGCUCUCGAGUCCCUACAGUUCUACCGCGUACUCGGACGGCGAGGGCAUGCUCGGUUAAUCGGCUUAUUUGCAUAUCGUUCUCUUGUCUGCUGCAUGAUUGGAUUGGUUAGAGUGUUUGCAUAUUGGCUCCGUUUAUCGGUUAUAGUGAAUGCGACCCAGAGGUCCAGAUAGCAUGAGCUUGGAGGUAGAGUGGCGUAGGGGACGGCGGACACGACUUCACGAAUCAAAAUACGAACGUUGUCAGAUGGAUUGCGUAGUCUACGAGCGCGAAUGAGGGCACGGAGGGCCCCGUCGUGCGGUCGAGUUAGACACUUUGGGAGCCGCAUAUUUUGUGUAAUCGAUUCAAAUUGAUGCAUAUGGUUCUGUGUUUUU